AUUGUUAUUUUGGAUUCAUAGUACAUGCUUAUUCUUUUAUGUUUGCACGGGCAGUACGAUCGUUUGGAACUGAAGGAAGGAAAAAGGAUGGUCUCCAAGUACCCCAAGUGAUAAAGUUUGAGUACAUAUUGUUCCGUGGGAGUGACAUUAAGGAAUUACAGGUUAAAUCUUCACCACCUGCACAUCCUACCCCACCCAUAAAUAAUGAUCCCGCAAUUAUCCAGUCUCACUUUCCACCCCCAGUUUCAACUGCUACAAGCAUGCCAUCUGCUGCUGUUGGACCUUUGACUGAUCUUACUCCACACACUACUCAAAUGGGAUUAGCAGGAUCAAAUUUUCAAGCGGCGCUGCCUCUUUAUCAACCUGGAGGGAACAUGGGGUCAUGGGGGGCAUCGCCUCCACCUCCAGCUGUUAAUGGCGGUGGGCUUGCUAUGCCAAUGUAUUGGCAACGAUACUAUGCACCAGCAAUCAUUGCUUCGGCCUUCUCCAGGGCUGUCAGUGCCUCCUUCCAUGCAGCAACCAAUGCGGUAUCCUAAUUUUAAUGCUCCUUUGCCUACUGGCCCCAC